CGGAACCUCCCGGAACCGUCCGGAACCGCCCGGAACAUCCGGCUGUAGCUGCUCAACAUAAACAGAAAUGGCGGAGGCAGCAGCAGCAGCGUCUACGGCGCCCACAGCAGGAUCAGGAGGCUGGACCAAACACGUAACCUGCCGAUACUUCCUGCACGGUCUUUGCAAAGAAGGAGAGAACUGUCGGUAUUCUCAUGACCUGACCAGCAGCAACCCUGCAGGCAUGAUGUGCAAGUUCUUCCAGAAGGGCAACUGCGUGUUCGGGGACCGUUGCAGGUAUGAACACAGUAAACCCGUAAAGAAAGAAGAGCUGCCGAGCUCCCAGACGCUGCCACCGCCCUCCGCCUCCCUGGCCGGCCCGUCGGAGCCCGAGCCCAGCGGGCCACCGCCGGCCCAGGGGUCGCAGGACUGGGUCAACGCUGCAGAGUUCGUUCCAGGACAGCCAUACUGUGGACGAGCUGAGCCAGCGAAGGCGGAGACCUCGGGCCCUCUCAUCGAGGAGUUGGACAGCGACGCAGCCGGGGACGGCAAAGAUCUGAGGAAGCAGCUCUGUCCAUACGCCGCGUCGGGAGAGUGCCGCUACGGCAUCAACUGUGCCUAUCUCCAUGGCGACGUGUGUGACAUGUGCGGCCUCCAGGUCCUCCACCCCACCGACAACAGCCAGCGCUCAGAGCACACCAAGGCGUGCAUCGAAGCUCACGAGAAAGACAUGGAGAUUUCUUUUGCCAUCCAGCGCAGCAAGGACAUGAUGUGCGGCGUGUGCAUGGAGGUCGUGUUCGAGAAGACCAACCCCAGCGAGCGCCGCUUCGGCAUCCUGUCCAACUGCAACCACUGUUACUGUCUCAAGUGCAUCCGCAAGUGGAGGAGCGCCAAGCAGUUCGAGAGCAAAAUUAUCAAGUCUUGUCCAGAGUGUCGAAUCACUUCCAACUUCGUCAUCCCCAGCGAGUACUGGGUGGAGGAUAAGGAGGACAAACAGAAGCUCAUCCAGAAGUACAAGGAUGGCAUGAGGAACAAGCCGUGCCGGUACUUUGACGAGGGCCGUGGAACCUGCCCGUUCGGCUCCAACUGCUUCUACAAACACGCCUUUCCUGACGGACGCCUGGAGGAAGCUCAGCCUCAGCGCCGGCAGACCGGGUCCAACAGCAGGAACCGGAACUCGCGGCGGACGCCCCUGUGGGACCUCCUGGACGAGCGGGAAAGCACGGACUCGUUUGACAACGAGGACGAGGAGAUGGUGACGUUCGAGCUGAGCGAGAUGCUGCUGAUGCUGCUGGCCGCGGGGACCGACGACGACGUCACCGACUCGGAGGACGAGUGGGACUUGUUUCACGAGGAGCUGGACGAUUUCUAUGAGAUUUACCUAUAGCAGCCCCCCCCCCACGCCCCAUCCCCCCCCGUAUUUACUAGACACUAGAAUGGACUGUCUUGUGUGAGUGGACAGUAGCUUCCCUGUAUCGUGGCAGUGCCUUUAGGCAGGCCGGUAAUAAAUGAACUUAUAAAGAUUAAAAAUCAAUAAAAAAAAAUCCAGUGCACUCGUGCUAAACAUUUUAUAGACAUCUAUCCUUGUGAGUCUUUCCUGUGCAGUUCUGUUCAAAUGAAAAACUCAAUAUAAGAUUUAACAAAAUGGACUUUAAGAUAUUCUUAAUAAACUUUGUGGAGUUUGUGUGUGGGUGUGGGUGUGGGUGUGACCCGGCUCCACCUGCCGGGGGUUUGUACUGCUGACUGGGUGGAGGUGGCCCCUGAUGGCCCCUGAUGGCCCCCGCCCCGGCCCCCCGGCCCCCACCCUCUACUGUAAUCCUGACGGGACUCUCUGAAGGCCGGAACUUCUCUCCUCUUGUUUAUGAAAGCUGCUGAUUGCCAAUAUAUUGUGCUGAUGUUUAAUAAAAUGACA